ACCAGGCGAUGCGGUUAUUCUUGUUCCCUUCCACCGUCCACGAUGACAACAGCAACACCAAACACCAACAAUGAAACCCAGCCCUCGUUUGACCAACCUUCCACCUGCCACAAACCUUUUCUCCGCCCACAAUCCUGCCCACCACCACCUCCUCCUCCUCCAUCACCACCACCACCACCACCACCACCACCAUCCUCCAUCCUCCAUGCCCAUCGUCCUCCCUGCUCCGACCGCCCGCCUGUGUCGCUCUCCUGUGCGAUCCGAGUUAAUACCUUGACGCGUUUUACCUGCUUCCACUAAUUUUACUUUCCCACAAUCAACCACUCCCAUCUUUCAAAAGGAGAGCCUGCACCUCACAGCGUCAACCAAAAAAGGUCCAUCCCACCAACCAGUCCAUCUCCUCGCCAUUUUAAAAUCUUCCCCAGCUGCGGUACGGUGCUUUUUCAAACCAAGCAGACAAAACCAUGCCAUCCCCAGCCUCGACUCCCUCGUCGACCGCUGGUCGAUCGACCAAGAUGAACAAGAAGACGAAGACCAUCGUCCUCAAGCUCACCUCCUCCCUGCUCAAUCGAUUUCCCGGCGUCGCCACCCCUGGUGAUGACCAGGAAGCGAAGUCCAAGGCCUCGUCGUUGUCUCCCACCUCCUCCCCAACACCCGUCGGUCCCUCUGCUGCCUCGGUCGAUAAUGCCUCCGAGCCUCGAUCGAGCCCACCGGUCGCUGAAGCCGCUGCCACAGCUGAGUCCCCCAAGAAGAAACCGGGCACUCCUUCCAAGACCGGCACUAAGAGAGCAGCUGGAAGCGAUGCUGGUCCAAAGCCCAGAGCUCGACCAGGUCCGAAGAAGAAGGCCAGAUUGGACGACGGCACUGUAGACAGCAACGGACGAAGCACCGGUCCCACCACGACCGGAACCCACAAACUCGGCCCCAAAGCCAACCAGGGAGCUAUCAACGCCGGACUUCGCGCCCUCGACCGAACUGGCAAGCCCUGCCGUAGGUGGGAACGCAAAGCAUUCCAGCUCAAGAGCUUCACAGGCACCGCCUGGCAGGUCCGAAGCUGGCGUGCUCCUCCCAGGCCAAAACCUGCAGACGUCACCAUGACCGACGCAGACACAGCCGCCGCGACGCCAGCCGACGAUAAAAACGCGAACAACAAGGACAACAUCGCCUCCAGUGCUGUUGCAAGUGAAAGAAGCAACGCUGGAGAAACAGCCACUCCUUCAUUUCCCGGCAACGCCGAAAGCUCUCCCGCUCCGGUGGCGGCUGCGGCUUGAUAUCUAAUACCUUUUCCACCUUUCCUUUUUUUUUUUUUUUUUUUUUUUUUUUUUACAGAGCUGUUGGCUCUCUUUUAUUUCAAAAUGAUACCAUGGUUUAUUUUUUCACCUUCUCUUUUCUUCCAAUUCAACUUCCCUGUGUAUGAAAUACUUUGUUUUAAGCAUGUACUCAUACUAUCGGCGUUUUUCAUGUUACAGGCGUCUCUCUUCUCUCUUUUUAUGUCGUCGGCAUGUUGCCCAACCCCCUUUUAGAACACUGGGAGAGAGACAAAAAAAAGAAUAAUAACUUUCCUUCAUAAUAAGGGCUUUUCUUUCUUUGUUCACCCCACCCUUUUUUCACCUUUUUUUUUUUUCCUGCUUUUUCCUCUUUUUGUCAUUUUUACUAUAAGAAAUGUAAAAUUCUUAUUCUAAUAUCACUCUACGCUUGAUCGGAAUGGG